UAACGUUUAUGUGUUGAUUGGAAUGAGUUGGGCCAGUUGGCUGUAAGUACAGUUGCAUUGAGGUCGACUUUUAUUUCUAACUUAAAAUUAUUCUCUGUCUACCUUCAUAACAUAUCACCACCAACAACAAGAAUAUCAUUAAGAAGAAAAUAAAAUAUGGGGUAUUGGAAAUCAAAGGUUCUUCCAACAAUCAACAAGGUUUUCAAGAAGGAGAGCACAGCCAAGAAAGCUGCUGCAGCUGAAGCUUGCAAAUCCUUUGAUGAGUCUAAGGAAGAAAUAAACAAGGUGUUUGAAGAUAACAAGACUGAUCUCCAGCCUAAGGUUUUAGAAAUCUAUGAAGCUUCUGCAGUUGAACUCAAGAGUUUAGUGAAGGAUCCUAAAGAUGCAGGAUUAAAGAAACACUCUGCUUUGGUACAAAAGUUCCUUGAUGAGCUUGCUACAAUUGAGUUUCCAGGAUCAAAAACAGUGUCAGAAGCAUCAACAAAAUUUGGAGCAGCAUAUGUAUCAGCUCCAAUCUUCUUUAUAUUUGAGAAGGUCUCCACUUUUCUUCCCGUCGAAGAAGAGAAACCAAAGGAGGCUGCCGGAGAGGAAACAACCACCACAGAAAAGGAGAUUGUAGUUGAGAAGCCAGCAGAAGCUCCAGUUUCAGUGGAAGCAACACCGGCUGAGCCACCUGCCAAAGCGGCGGAGGAAGCUGUUGUACCGCCGCCACCUGCUACCAAAGUGGAGGAAGCUGCAGAACCUCCAAAGGCUUGAAGAUAUUGUUAAAAGUUAUUAAUGAUAAAAUAUUGAAGAAAUGAUUUGUUAUUCUUUAUUUUGUUUAUCCUUUCUUGUGAUUUUUCUUUGGAUUGUAUUUUUUUUUGUCUCACUUUGUGAAGUUAUUAAAUUGUGAUAUUUUAUUA